UUGAGCAAAAUCGAAGAAGCAGAGAACGUUUGACUGAAGAGACGAACGAGAGAAGCGGCUACGUGUGUAAGUAAUAGCGCAACGCAGAUUCCCCACCUAACUCUACCGCUCAAAAUUAUUUGCUGCAACAUUUGUCUAUCUAUCUAUCUAUCUAUCUAUCUACUACCUAAAUGAGCAACCCAUUUAAAGCUCUCAACAAACCCUUCUCUUCCCUCUCCUUUCAUAAACUCUCUUCUCAUGCUUUCAUAGCCGCCCCUUUCCCUCUCCAAUCUGCUAACUACUCCAGAGUCUGUUGCUGUGUAUCUCAAUUUCGCCCUCACUCCUCAUCUCCAACUGCUACAUUUAUGGAGGUCUUCAAAGCAAUUGCUAAGCAAGAACAUGCAGCUCCUGACAGUGUUGCUAUCAGAGCUGAUCAGAAGAGUUAUAGUUAUAGGAACCUCAUCUCAUCCGCGCGCAAGAUAUCUGAUCUCUUGUGCGGAAAAGAUGUAAAAGGAAAUCUUGCGGGAGCUCGAAUAGGGAUUUUAGCCAAGCCGUCUGCUGAGUUUGUUGCAGCACUACUUGGAACUUGGUUAAGUGGAGGUGUUGCUGUUCCACUUGCACUCAGCUAUCCAGAAGUAGAGUUCUUGCAUGUGACUAAUACUUCGAAUGUGUCUGCAAUCCUGAGUACUGAAGAUCAUAGCGAAUUAAUGCAAAGCAUUGCCAGUAAAAGCUCUUGUCAGUUUUUUAACCUUCCAUCUGUUCCCAGUACUUCUUCAGAGGAAAGCAGAGAUGAACGUUCACAGGGUGGGGAAAUUGAUUCAAACGGAAUUUCCCUGGAGAAUAUUGGAAGAUCAAGUGAAGAUCCAGCACUGAUUUUGUACACUAGUGGGACAACAGGUAAACCUAAGGGAGUUGUGCAUACACACAGAAGCAUCAUUUCCCAGGUCCAAACCUUGACAAAAGCGUGGGAGUACACAUCUGAUGAUCAGUUUCUGCAUUGUCUACCACUACAUCAUGUUCAUGGGCUAUUCAAUGGUUUACUGGCACCUCUCUAUGCAGGUUCCACGGUUGAGUUUCUGCCAAAAUUUAGUGUGAGGGGAGUUUGGCAAAGGUGGCGUGAGUCAUAUCCAACUGGAGGAUCAAAGGUUGAUGGUGGUGCUAUAACUGCAUUUACUGGAGUUCCAACUAUCUAUAGCCGACUAAUACAAGGUUAUCAUGCAAUGGAUCCUGAGCUACAAGCUGCUUCAGCAUCUGCUGCAAGGAACUUGCGCCUUAUGAUGUGUGGGUCCUCCGCACUUCCUCAACCGGUUAUGCAAGAAUGGGAAGCCAUCACUGGGCAUCGCUUAUUGGAGCGAUAUGGUAUGACUGAAUUUGUCAUGGCAUUGUCAAAUCCAUUGAAAGGUAAGCGUAAGGCAGGCACCGUAGGCAAACCAUUUCCUGGUGUACAGGUCAAAAUUCUUGAAGAUGAUGGGAGUGAUAGUGGACUCACUGGAACGGGUGAGCUUUGCAUUAAAAGUCCUUCAAUGUUUAAAGAAUAUUGGAAUCUUCCUGAGGUAACAAAGGAAUCAUUUACAAAUGAUGGAUUCUUUAAGACUGGAGACGCAGUUACCACAGAUAAAGAUGGGUAUUACAUCAUUCUUGGACGUACUAAUGCUGAUAUAAUCAAGGCUGGUGGUUAUAAGCUGUCUGCAUUAGAAAUUGAAUCAGUUAUAAUAGAGCAUCCAGCUGUCUCAGAAUGUAGUGUUUUGGGCUUACCAGACAAAGUCUAUGGAGAAAUUGUUGGUGCAGUUAUUGUGCCAGAGCCUUCUGUUAAACGAAAGCGAGAGGAAGAGUCAAAGCCUGUUCUAACCCUAGAAGAGUUAUCCUCCUGGGCCAAAGACAAAAUUGCACCCUACAAGAUACCAACUCGACUCAUCGUGUGGGACUCAAUCCCUCGCAAUGCAAUGGGGAAGGUAAAUAAAAAAGAUCUCAAGAAGCUGCUGGCUUCGGAACAAUAAGUUCCAUUUGAGCUUCAUUUACUAGGCAAAGCCAAUUUCCUGAAACCAGUUUCAUGAUGGUGACUAUCUCAACAAAAUUGCAUUAAUUAUUUAGAUUAAAGAUAAGCCUUUAUUCUGGCUUUUCUCUAGUGCAAUAAGUUGUAGGUUUAUAGUUAGGAGGGGAAAAAAUGAAAUUCAUAGGGUGAUUGAAUGUAUUCUAUAGAUUUAUAGAUUUAUAUUGUAACGCAAUAUAAUUAUGCCGUCACACAUUGAUAUUAUUUUGUUCAGAAGUAAAUAUGAUGCUAGAUCAGCCGCAGCUAAUGUUCCUUCCCAGAGUCAGAAAUA